CUCUUCUCCUUGAGUUCUCACCAAGCCCAUAUAUCGCAGUGGAGCCCUCCGCCUCCAGAAGAGCCAGCCCUAAAUCCAUGUCCAGGAGCCAUUCGCUAUCGCAAUUGCAGGCGCUCACAGUCGAGGCGGCGGCUGCUUCACUCUCCUCUGCUUCUUCCUCUUCCUCUUCUGCAUCUCUACAAUGCAGGUUACUUCCAAGGCGUUGGAGACGAACCCAUUUACCCCCAAGGCGGCUCUGGUGGAACAAGGAGAUCAGGAGUAAUUAACGUUCUUCUCCAAUUUUGCCCAGUUGCCGGCUCCGCCUCCUCGAUACUCUCUGUUGCCGUUAAUUCUCCUCUGCAAGUCUCUUGUUCAAGAAUGGCGGUGAUAGUCUUCAACCCUUGUUCAAGAAUGGCGGUGAUAAUGUUCCCAAAGUAGGAAUUUCGAUAAUAGUUAGUGUGUUGAGGUUUCAAUCAAUGCUUUACAGGUCCAAUUAAAUGGAUUCCAGUAAAACCAAGCAUCCCAAAACUAAGUAAUCAAGUAGUGAGAAGAGCGACCCUCAGGCCCCAGAUAGCGACCGUCGGAGGAAGACGGCGGCGACGAUUCCGAUUCUUCCUCCGAUGUCAUCAACACCGAGGAAGGUCCCAGUUGCUCUGUUAACAGCAUCCUCGCCGCUUCCUCUCCAUUCAGCUCAACCCAUCAACGACGGAGCCUGAUCAGUGACUGAAGUUGUCGCCUGUCGGAAGCGGAGGCACCGGCGCCGUCGAAGCAAGCCGCCCAGCCAUGGAAGAGCAGGAACACGUUGUAGCACAAGUUACGUUUUAGUACCUUAAAAAAUUUGUUUUACAUUUUAGUACCUAAAAAUAAAACAUUUACAAACAGGUCCAAAGUAAUGGGUACCCAUACUCAACCCAUACCCAUUUUCAAAUCUAAACACUAUCCAAACCCAACUCUA